AGUUUUGACCGUGCUUAUCUGUGCCAUAAAACAUCGAUCCUAAUUGGCAGUUAUCUGGAUUUUUUUUUAAUCUGCCGACCUCCCGUUUUUGAACUAUGGUCACUAAAUGAAGGGGUUCUGGCCUGCGAAGGCCCGUGCAUUCCUUCAAUUGGAUGGGGAGCGAGGACAGUGACUCUGGCGAUCUCGAGAAUAGGAGGGAAUGUUGACCAGGGAGCACCGCUAAGGCCGAUCAGAGGAGCAGGAACCGGAGCCCGGGCUGAGACCUCAAAAAGCCGGAUCCGGACGGUGGCUCCGGAACGGCUGGAAGUGGAAGAUGGAGGAGCCAGAGGAACCUGAGGACAGUGCGCAGUCCCUGCCCCCGGUUUACAUCUACAGUCCCGAGUAUGUUAGCAUGUGCGAUUCCUUGGCCAAAGUCCCCAAACGGGCCAGUAUGGUACAUUCUUUGAUUGAAGCAUAUGCACUGCUUAAGCAAAUGAGAAUAGUUAAGCCCAAAGUGGCGUCCAUGGAAGAGAUGGCCACCUUCCACACUGAUGCCUAUCUGCAGCAUCUUCAGAAGGUCAGCCAAGAAGGAGAUGAUGAUCAUCCAGACUCCAUAGAAUAUGGUCUAGGUUAUGACUGUCCAGCUACUGAAGGGAUAUUUGACUACGCAGCAGCUGUGGGAGGAGCUACAAUCACAGCUGCCCAGUGCUUGAUUGAUGGAAUGUGCAAAGUAGCGAUUAACUGGUCCGGAGGGUGGCAUCAUGCAAAGAAAGAUGAAGCAUCUGGUUUUUGUUAUCUCAAUGAUGUUGUCCUGGGAAUAUUACGAUUGCGACGGAAAUUUGACCGUAUUCUCUAUGUGGAUUUGGAUCUGCACCAUGGAGAUGGUGUAGAAGAUGCCUUCAGUUUCACCUCUAAAGUCAUGACGGUGUCCCUGCACAAAUUCUCCCCAGGAUUUUUCCCAGGAACAGGUGAUGUAUCUGAUGUUGGCCUAGGGAAGGGACGGUACUACAGUGUGAAUGUGCCCAUUCAAGAUGGCAUACAGGAUGAGAAGUAUUACCACAUCUAUGAAAGUGUAUUAAAGGAGGUAUACAUAGCCUUUAAUCCCAAAGCGGUGGUCUUACAGCUGGGCGCUGAUACAAUAGCUGGGGAUCCCAUGUGCUCCUUUAACAUGACUCCAGUGGGAAUUGGCAGGUGUCUUAAGUACAUCCUCCAGUGGCAAUUGGCAACGCUCAUUUUGGGAGGAGGAGGCUAUAACCUUGCCAACACAGCUCGAUGCUGGACAUACUUGACCGGGGUCAUCCUAGGAAAAACACUAUCCUCUGAGAUCCCAGAUCAUGAGUUUUUCACAGCAUAUGGUCCUGAUUAUGUGCUGGAAAUCACGCCAAGUUGCCGGCCAGACCGAAAUGAGCCCCACCGAGUCCAGCAAAUCCUCAACUACAUCAAAGCCAUGAGGAUAAGUUCAAAGGCAGGAUUGAUUCCAAGACAGACUGACCAUUUGCUUCAGGGCUUUUGGAAGAACUUUGGAGCAGUAUUGUGGAGGAUAUCUUAAGCCAAUUUGCAUGACUUCAGGGAAUCUGAAGCAUGUGGUCUAGUUGACAAAAAGAGAUCAGGUUUCCAGAGCUGAAGAGCAGUGCCUAUAAUGAAGACAGCGUGUUUAUGCGAGCAGUGUGUGGAAUUUGUGACUGCAGGGGAAAUUUGGAAGAAAUUACUUCCUGAAAAUUUCCAAGGGGCACCAAGUGGCAGCUGGCCUCCUGGGGUGAGGCAGGCAAGCACCCCAGAGGCUCAACUAGGCCUAGAGCAAGAGUGAGAUUUCCAACAUUUAAAGUGUUUAUUUUUUAAAAAACACACAAAGGCCGUUUUUAAUCUUUGAAAAUUAUUUUUAAGCAAGUUGGGGAGGGGGUAUUUUUAUUUUCUUAAAGGAGACAUAUCAGAAGCUGGAAGAAAGCAUGAAAGUUUAGUAAGCAGUUUGUUGGGUAAGGGGGACCUGAGAGUUAGGGUUUGGGCCUCAGGACCAUCCAGGUAGCGCCUUGGUGAAGGGGAAUGAUAGAUUGGGAGGUAGGAAGAAAUCCACCUCUGCUGUUUUUAGGAUUAUUGCUCUAUUUUGUUUUUAAUAAAAUCUUUGAAAACCUA